GGCCAUCUAAAUAGCCUAAUUGAUUGGCCCCUUAAUUGCAGCGCAGCUACUAUUUAUCUAACCCAUAUAAAUAUACAGCAAGUGUGUGCAAUGUGAGCCAAAGUUAAGGGGAACCAACAAAACUGACAUCCAAAGUGAUCCCGCCCCGCGUUUCCCCCUCUGCGUUUCAAUGCGAGCUCCUUUCCUCGCCGGUCCCCCGUGUAGUUACAAUGUAGUUCUUAUCAAAGCCCCCCUGUCUUGUUGUGACAGCUCUGAUAUUGUUUAUUGAGGUGGGAUGUCAGGUUUAAUUAGCAAUCGAUAUGAAAAGCGUUUGCAGACCCCGUCUCUGACGUCAGAGUCGAUUACCGUUUCUCAUUGGUCUCAAAUUCCCAAAGCCGCGGCUAAUUAUUGGAAGGUUCACGUGGAUAAAGUACAGCUCAUCCCCUCCCUUCACAUCAUGUCCCCUGCUCGUCGGCCACGCUCACUGCAUGCUUUUUAAAUCCACAUCGCCGGCUUCAAGACGUCGUUCCCUUUCGCCUGCUGCGGGAUGAUGGACAGCAGGAUACUGGAGCCUCCUCAUGCCCAGUUCGGAGGCUCGCUCGGCGGGAUGGUGGGCUUCCCGUACCAUCUGAGCCACCAUCAUGUGUACGAAUUAGCCGGUCAUCAACUCCAAUCUGCGACCGCGGUUCCCUUUUCCAUAGACGGAUUACUUAACGGGUCCUGCACGGCGUCUGUUGUUAAUUCCAACUCGCUCUUGUCUGCGGGCUGCGGUAUGAACGGAGAUAACCAGUAUAAACUGACAGACUCGGGAGAUCCAGACAAAGAUAGCCCCGGUUGCAAGAGACGGAGAACACGCACUAAUUUCACUGGUUGGCAGCUGGAGGAAUUAGAGAAGGCUUUUAAUGAGAGCCAUUACCCGGACGUGUUCAUGAGGGAGGCUCUGGCUCUCCGCUUGGACUUGAUAGAGUCCAGAGUACAGGUAUGGUUUCAGAAUCGCAGGGCCAAAUGGAGGAAAAAAGAGAACACAAAGAAAGGUCCCGGGCGACCAGCGCACAACUCGCACCCCACCACCUGCAGCGGGGAGCCCAUGGACGCGGACGAGAUCGCCCGGAGAGAGCUGGACCGGCUGGAGAAGAAGAAAAGAAAGCAGGAGCGCAGGCUGCUGAAGGCGCAGAAUAAGCUCCUCCACGGGGACCUAUUUCACACGCCCGGCUCGGACAGUGACAGCGGAGUGUCCCACGUCACGGACAGCGAGCACACGGGCACCCUUUUUAACCCUUCUGCGGGCAGGAACCAAACGCCAACGAGCUGUGACCAAACGACCCAUCCUCACACCCAUAACACCACAACCACCAUCACCACCACCACGCACAACCAAAGACAGUCGCACCACCACGACGCUGGCGGUUCCGAGCUGGACUCGUCGGACAGCAGCCAGCAGUCGAGCUUGUGUGCCAACAGCAGGGCCUCCAGCCUGCAGAAACUCAACCCCUUUAGCGUCGAGAGCCUCCUGUCCGACUCCAGACCCUGCAGGCGCAAAUCAAACGUGGACGGAUUCUCUGCCUUACCCCCGUCGCGGCCUUUGAUAGGAAAGGGACACUUCCUACUGUACCCCAUCACCCAGCCGCUGGGAUUCAUCGUUCCGCAGACUUCGUUGAAAGCAACCCCCACAACAAUGACAACAACAACAACAACAAAAACUGACGUCAUGGACGAUGCUGAGCGUGGUCGAGGAAAUCCGGCCAACUCGGGAUGUAAGAACCGCGCCAUGGACUAUAAUUGCGACUCGACACAGGACGAUGACGCGUUGUCGAUCAGGAGACAGGGGGUGGCUCUGCCGGAGAGAAUGAAGACGAGUUCCCCACAGAGCAGUCCGUCCCGGGCCACUUUUCUCAGUGGCAAAAGUAGUCAGUCAGUCAGCAGUGGUAGUAAUAGUAAUAGUAGUGACACGUGUUUCCCCAACGACGUGCGAGAGUCCAGGCCCCUAGACCCCAGCUCCUUACAGGCAGACGCAAAAGAGCACCUCCAAGAUAAAGACUAUUGUGACCAUUCAGAGUCAGUUAUAACUUAUAGUCCAAAAGAAACAAAGACAGACUCCUGAAAAUAGGUCUCUAAAGUAUAGCCUCAAUCUGAAGAAUUGUUGAUAUAGAUCGAGGGAUGAGAUUCAAUAGGCCAAAGUUUUAUCAUAGUCCACCAGAAUUGCAUUUAUAAUCUUUAGGCUACAUUUUCUCAGCUAAUAUCUCCAUUAUGGUGUGUUAGCAAAUAGAUCUCUCUCUCUCUCUCUCUCUCUCUCUCUCUCUCUCUCUCUCUCUCUC